AUUCAAGCUUGUUUAAAAUCACUUAGUUUGUGCUGAAUGACCAAUUGCAGAUAUGGAAGCUUUGACACCUCAGAGGCAGAAGAGAUUCCAGUAUUCGAUUCAGUGAGCACAAACAGCGGGAACAAUGAUAAAAUUCCGAGCUGUGAGGAGCUUGAAAAUCCAAUGCCUCCAGAGACAGUUGCAGAGAUCAGAAGGUCCAAAACCUUUGACAGCCCAAACUCUGAGAAAGACGAAGAACCAAGUUCACCAAAAGCGACUGUAGAAACCUCGAAGAUUCACUGACGAGUGUGGAGAAUCUACAGCACAAGCACGAGCAAUUUGAGAAAACAGUGGAAGCUCAGAUGGAAAAGGUGAACCUGAUGGAGAGGUUUGCAUUACAGCUGAAGCAGAACAAUCAUUCUGACUGUGCGCACAUCAUCCUCAAGUGCCAAGCUGUUCUGCAAAGAAAACAAGUUGCUGGAAAACAGCGAACAGUGCAGAAAGGUCCUGGAUCAGUCCAAACAGCUGCAGAUGUUCCUGAGAAGUUCGUAUGAGUCCCGACAGGCUAUUUCAUGGCUGAAUGAGAAGAUCGGCGUUGCCCUGGAUGAGAGCUGGACAGAUCCCAGCAACCUGCAGGGAAAGCUGCAAAAACAUCAGACCUUCGAGGCUGAGGUCAUGGCCAACCAGAACCGGAUCCAUAGCAUCGGCACGGAAGGUGAGCGUAUGAUUGAGGCCGGGCAUUAUGCUGUAACGGAGAUCGAACCGUGGAUGAAGCAGAUUCAGGAACUGUGGAGCGAACUGCUGGAGAACUGCCAGAACAAGAGAUCCAAGCUGAUCGAUGCGCACAAGGCACUGAACUUCCAGCGGAGUAUUGAUGAUGUGGAGAACUGGCUGAGUGAAGUAGAGAAGCAGUUGAAGCAAGCUGGCCAGCCCACUGACCUGGCGUCUGUGAAGAACCUCCUGAAUGAACAGCAAGACCUGGAAGAGGACGUCAGCAGCUAUGUGGAGAGGAUGCAGUCUCUACUGGAUCAGUCUGAACAGUUUGUCCAGGACAACCAUUUCCUGGCUGAGGGCAUUUGGGACAGAGUCAGCAAUAUACUCGAGAGGUACCAGGCACUGGGAGAUCCAUCAAGGAGAGGCACCGGGCCCUGGAGGACAGUGCCCACCUCUACCGGCUGUUCCGGGACCUCGAUGCUACCCAGGCCUGGGUCCAGGAGAAGCUGCUGCUGGCCACGGUCAAGGAUGUUGGGAACUCACUGACCGCUGCCCAGAGCCUACACAACAAACACCUGCUGCUGGAGGCGGAACUAUGGAUGAAGGACAGGAAAGCACAGCUGGAGAUCUGACUACAGGAAGGAUGAAGAAUCCACGCAGGCUCUGCUUCGGAAGCUGGA